AGAGGUGAAUGCGUUUCCUCGGUGCACAGACGCUCGCCCCAUCCCUUGCCACUGCCUUCCCAUCUCUUCUCCCACCGCCCAGCUGCUCCUUCUUUCCUGCAUCCUCUCUGCUCCCCUUUAUUUCCACCCCCGCCCUCGCGGCUGGGCGCUCCCUCCUCCUCCCCCACGCGCCUGUAUUUGGAGCUCCCGGAAGCCGCCGGCGACUCUCCCCAGGAGCAGCGUGACCAACACCGACUCCGGUUCAGGGGGAGGCGGAGGAAGCGCAGGGCCGGCGGGAGGAGGGCGCGAGUGGUCGCAGCCUGCUUUGCAUCGCCGAGGCCGGACCCCGGGCGCCGCAGCAGUUUCUACAACUCUAGUAAGAACUACUGCUUUUCAGUUACUUCAAGGAUAUUAACUUCAUCCCCUCAACCUCAGUUAAAAUGAAUGGCGGACAUGCUGGGGCUUGUGGAGAGACUUGAACGCGCCGUCAGCCGGCUGGAGGGGCUGUCUGCAGGUUCACAUGGGCCUCCUGGGGACUGUGGAGAAGUUAAUGGUGUCAAUGGAGGUGUGGCACCAUCAGUGGAAGCCUUUGAUAAACUGAUGAACGGUAUGGUGGCCGAGUUCUUAAAGAACAGCAGGGUCCUUGCCGGUGAUGUGGAGACUCACGCGGAAAUGGUCCAUGGCGCUUUCCAGGCUCAGCGGGCUUUCCUUCUCGUGGCUUCUCAGUACCAACAACCCCAAGAGAAUGAGGUGACUGCCCUUCUGAAACCCAUAUCGGAGAAGAUUCAGGAAAUCCAGAGUUUCCGAGAGAGAAACCGGGGGAGUGACAUGUUCAACCAUCUCUCCGCAGUCAGCGAGAGCAUCCCCGCCCUGGGGUGGAUAGCUGUGUCCCCCAAACCUGGUCCUUAUGUCAAGGAGAUGAAUGAUGCUGCCACCUUUUACACUAACAGGGUCUUGAAGGACUACAAACACAGUGAUUUGCACCAUGUGGAUUGGGUGAGGUCAUAUCUGAACAUCUGGAGCGAGCUGCAAGCUUACAUCAAGGAGUACCACACCACAGGCCUCACUUGGAGCAAAACAGGUCCUGUGGCAUCCACAGUGUCAGCGCUUUCUGUCCUCUCCUCUGGACCUGGUCUUCCACCACCCCCUCCACCACCACCCCCCCCAGGGCCACCUCCACUUUUCGAGAAUGAAGGCAGAAACGAGGAGUCCUCGCCCUCUCGCUCAGCUCUGUUUGCCCAACUUAACCAGGGAGAAGCGAUCACAAAGGGGCUCCGGCAUGUCACAGAUGACCAGAAGACGUACAAGAACCCCAGCCUGCGGGCUCAAGGACAAAUUCCAUCUCCAACCAAAACCCAUACUCCAAGCCCCACAUCUCCCAAAUCUCAUUCUCCUCAGAAACACGCUCCAGUGUUCGAGCUGGAAGGGAAGAAAUGGAGGGUGGAAUACCAGGAGGACAGGAAUGACCUUGUCAUUUCAGAGACUGAACUAAAACAAGUGGCUUACAUUUUCAAAUGUGACAAAUCUACUGUCCAGAUAAAAGGGAAAAUAAAUUCCAUUACUGUCGAUAACUGCAAGAAAUUUGGCCUUGUGUUUGACAAUGUGGUGGGCAUUGUAGAAGUGAUUAAUUCCAGGGACAUUCAGAUCCAGGUAAUGGGGAGAGUGCCAACAAUUUCCAUUAAUAAGACAGAAGGGUGCCACCUGUAUCUCAGCAAAGACGCGCUGGACUGUGAGAUCGUGAGCGCCAAGUCAUCUGAGAUGAAUGUCCUAGUCCCUCAGGAUGACGAUUAUAGAGAGUUUCCUGUUCCUGAGCAAUUCAAGACAAUCUGGGAUGGAUCCAAGCUAGUCACUGAACCAGCAGAAAUCAUGGCCUAAGGUCCAGAGAUGCCCCUUCCCCGAGUCUCCUCUAUCAAACAGAAGCAAGCAGCCUAAGGAGCUAGGUGUUGCCAUAGCCUCCGUUUCAGCCUCCCACAGUUCUGUGCUGUGGAAAUAGCAUUUCCGGCCUUCGUGAGCGUUUUGAAAUAUUUAACAUUUCUUCAUGAUUUGUUUGUGGUUUUUAGUUCCACAUGAUAAUUUGUGAGCACUACGGAUUUAAAAAAGAUUCUGUUCCCCUCAUGUCAUAUACACUGUAACUGACAGGUAAAAAUACUGCACAGUUUACAUCUGCACUUAGAUUUAAUUGCUAGUCAAAAAAUGGACCCUUAGAGAAUGUGUAUGUGUUUUUACCAUUUAGACAAUUUUAAUAUGGUGGAAUAGUCUUGUGCCCUGAAAAAUAAGAUUCUUUUUCUUAUUUUUACUACAUGUUUGCCUUUAGCAGCAUGGAUAUUCUGUCAGCAUGAAUACAUACUUCAAUCUAUGUUUUUCCAAAAACACAAGAAAAUUCUAUAUAAGGACCAAACUCAGUUUCUUGGUCCUUGACAGACCUGUAUACCCUUCACAGUUGGUGAUAAACAAAAAACAAAUUCUAUUUAUUCAUCUUAAAUAUUUUUCAGCUGCAUCGCUUGAAAACUCUUACUUUUCUGCAUAGCCCUAUGCCAAAAAGUCAGUGGGAGGAAGCAGUCAUGGGUUUUUUGUGGUGAUGGUAGUGGUGUGUUGGGGAAGAGCUUUUUUUGAGACAGGGUCUCACUACGUAGCCCUGGAACUCAUUGUAUAGACCAGGCUAGCCUUGAACUCAGAGAUACACCUGUCUCUGCCUCCCAAGUGCUAGGAUUAAAGGUGUGCACCACCACGCCUGACCAGUUGUGGGCGGGACUAUAUAAUACCUCACAAUUUUGCUCCAAGAAUAGCUCAACUUUUGUUUUCCAGUUCCGAGCAGGUUGCCUUCUGCAGGAGGCCUCCAAUGUUAAAUAUAGACAAAUGCUUUUGCAUUUGCCAGACUUGCUAACUAGUCUCAGAAAUGAACACGAAAAAGCCAUAGAUGCAGACUUCCACAACAUGAAGCAUCGUUUGUGGGUUUGGCUCUCCGUUCUGCUUUCCAGUCUAGAUAGUACGCGCUUUUUCAGAUUAGGCAGCUGUGUUCUUCCUUCGUCUCUUCCCAGCACACACUGCUGAGAACUCUGCAGCUUCUUGGAUCCUAUGUAACAAAGUCUAGCGCAAUGCCUGGGGAACUAAUAGGAAUACAUACAUGGUGCCUACGAGAGCCCUGGGAUCCUUCAUUUCUGUUUUUUAAAUAUACAUACAGAUAGUAUUCAGAUCACUAAUGCUUAUGUACCAAGGUUUUGCUAAAAAGUUUUGUCCUUAUGAACAAUGUUGUGGCUUUAGUAAAUAUCAUUUUUGAACUGUAAACUUAUUCUAAAUAAAGUAAACUUCUAAUUGUUUAAAUACUCAAAUGAA